UUUAGUUACUAGCCAUUUUUUGCUAUCGUUGACAUCAUUUGAAGUUGCCUGCUAUGAAUCAGCGAGGAAAGUCAGUUUUGCCCAUCUUCACGACAAGGAAGCGUCCACGGCAAGCUGUCAUCGCGCAUCCGAAAGAUAGAACAUUACUAGGCAGUACCACGUCGGAACAAAGUCCUGAAGAUACAAAUGUGAAAAGAAUGUCUCUAGCCGAAGACUACCAUCACCCUUACAAGGGAGUCAGUGGAAUUAGUCAUCCGUAUGGACGAAAAAACAUUGGCAUCGACAGCCAUACUAGAACGCCAUCAGUUACAGAAGGAAGACAGCAAGGCAUGUACAGAGACGAGCCUAUGCAAUCACCUUAUAGCAAAAUGCCAAGUGAUUCACACAGCGGUUUACCUACGACUCUCACACCUCCUCCACAAACUAGCUACUAUCAAGACAGGCCACAAGGUACUAGCAGAUCGGUAGAAUAUUAUGAUACCUACCUUGCGUCACCGUAUGGACAAAGCAGCACGUACGGAUCUCCGGGUUCAGGCUCAUGUCCAAAUUCUGAGCAGUCAUGGCCAGACAACCCACAGGUCCCACUCCAGCGCUAUGAUUAUUCAAGACCACUAGGUCGAGGUCACGCACUCUCAGGUUCCAGCAACCCACCAGGACGAGCUGGAAGAAACAAUUUGCCAGCCACUCCAAGUCCACGUCUCGUAUUGCCAAACCCUCGCAGUUCAUCUCGCGCAACAACACCAAAACAGGCUCUGACACCGACUUCAACAAAAGCAUCUCCGAACAAGACUACAACAUCUCGCAAUACCACAUCGUCCAAGGUGUCAAAAAACAGAUUUCUAUCAGCGAGUAUCGGAGGAAUGAAACACUGGAGUCAAUAUCGAUAUGUUGCACCUCUACUCUUUGAAAUUUACGGAUUUGUUCAAGGAUCUGUUGAAAACGGAGAUGACAGCGUUUCCAAAAUCUUCAAACUGCGAGACAAGAAGGGAAGCUCUGUACGAUGCCAGUUCUGGGAAAUGGAAGGACCACUACUGCCUCUUACACCGGGAAAGCCAUAUCGCUGUGUCGGCACACUGGAUCAUCGAACAGAAACCUUCAAAUGCGUAAAGAUCAGACAAGCUACCCCAAUGGAGGUCGACACACAGCUGAGGCGAGUAGCAAUUAGUGACCAGUCGAUGAAAACCUGCCUUAUCUACGAGCGAGAGCCCUAGUUUUCAACCGAGCACCACCAAUGACCACGUAUAUGCAGACAACCAUAUUCAUUGUGUACCUUGUAAAGCAUAGAUGCGUGUGCUAAUUGAGUUGCCCGUUGUACAUGUGUAGUUUCGUUGAUGUUAUUUCAUUACCUUUAAUUCAGUUGUGAUUCAUGUAAUGCCCAUCAAACCUUAAAAAAGUCGCUCGACUCUGGCAUGAUACAUUUGUACACGUAUUCCAGACAUGGCACAAAUUUAAAUACAUACAUACAUGGUUUAUUCAUCCCGAGGGGCGUGUCUGUGACCUCUGCCUAUGUACAGCUAGUACAGCGCAUGAUUAAAAAGUCGCUAGACACUAAACUAAACAGACAGCA